AUGGGGCGCCUCUCCAGCACCGAGGCCCUCCUUGGUCCCAAGCUCUUCUCAAAGGUCCGCGAAACGCCCGUCCUCUUGGUUGGCUCCGGUGGUAUCGGGUGCGAGCUCCUUAAGAACCUCGUGCUCGUCGGCUUCAAGAAUAUCGAGAUCAUCGACCUUGACACGAUCGAUUUGUCUAACCUCAACCGUCAGUUCCUCUUCCGCAAGCCCGACAUCUCGAAGCCCAAGUCGAUCGUUGCCGCGGCCACUGCGCGUCACUUCAACCCUUCCUCGGGCAUCAAGAUCCACGCGCGCCACGGCAACAUCAAGGAGCCCGAGAAUGAUGUCGAGUGGAUCAAGCAGUUUGGGGUUGUCAUGAGCGCGCUUGACAACAUGGACGCGCGUCGCCACAUUAACAAACUCUGCCUCGCGGCCCAGGUGCCUCUCAUUGAGUCGGGCACGGCGGGCUACCUGGGUCAGGCCAACCCCAUCAUCAAGGGUGAGACUGUCUGUUACGAUUGCGUCACGCGGCCUCAGCCCAAGUCAUUCCCUGUUUGCACCAUCCGCUCGACGCCGAGCGAACCUAUCCACUGCAUCGUGUGGGGCAAGACGUACCUAUUUGGCAAACUGUUUGGCGAGGACGACGAGGCACUCGACACGGAGGAACUGGACAAGGCCAAGGCCGACGGCGAGAACGCGGAGGAGAUUGACAACCUGAAGAAGGAGGCGGAGGCGUUCCGGGAAGUGCGGCGCAUGCUGGGCGAGGAGGAUGGGCCACAGCGCGUGUUUAGCAAGGUCUUCUUCGACGACAUCAACCGCUUGCUGUCUAUGGAGGACAUGUGGACGCGUCCCGGACGCGUCAAACCCGUUGCGCUCGAUUACGAUAAGAUCAUGGCUGGCGAGUUUGUCCCUCCUCCACUGCGCCAGGCUCCGGUCAAGGGACCCACAGCAAACGGCUCCGCUGCACCAGCCAAGGCCCCUGUCCCACGGAAGGUCAACGGAGCGACGCUCAAGGACCAGAAGGAGCUCACCACCAAGGAGAACCUCGAGCUGUUCCUUGACAGCUGUCAGCGUCUCUCUGCCCGCGCAAUCGUGCACCCUGACGUGGUCCUGUCGUUUGACAAGGACGACAACGACACGCUUGACUUUGUCACUGCCGUUGCAAACCUCCGCGCCACAGCGUACGGUAUCCCCACCUGCACACGCUUCCAGGUCAAAGAAAUGGCUGGCAACAUCAUCCCCGCGAUUGCGACCACUAACGCGAUUGUCGCCGGCCUGGUCGUGAUGAAGGCGCUGGCGGUUCUCAAGGACCAGGCGACGCUGGACCAGUCCUUCCUGCGUCAGUCCACCAACUGGCCGAUCAAGAACAGCGACAUUGACAAGCCCAACCCAGCGUGCGCAGUGUGCAACGACAUCUACAUCCCUUUCAAAGUCGACUUGCAGAAGCUCACGCUUGGCAAGUUCAUCGAGGAGGUCGUGCAAGAGUGGCUCAAGCCAGCCGUCGCUGGUGACGACGACUACGAAGCCCUCAUUAUGGAGGGAGGCCGUCUACUUGCGGACCCGGACUUCGAUGACAACCUUGGAAGGACACUGGCCGACCUCGGCGUCACCCGUGGCCAGUAUCUCACAGUCGCAGAUGAGGACAGCGUCUACUGCCGUGUCCACUUUUGCAUCACUGCGCUAGACGAGGAUUCAGAUAAGGGGUACACUCUGCCCGAGUCAGUGCCGGAUGUGCCGAAGCGUCCCACACCUGAUGCAGCGCUGUCCGAGGCGGGCGACGAUGAGAUUAUUUUCGACGAUAGCGGGCCUCCUGAGCCGACAGGCGCCAAGCGCACGGCCGCAGAUGACUUGGAGACACCAGCCAAGAAGCGCAAGACGGGUGCAGGCGAAGCGGACGCGAUCGUGAUUGAGUAG